CUCCUGGAGCCUCUCUCUCUUUCUGCUUUCCAUGCUAAAAGCUACGCAGACAGUCCCGAGCUGCCAGCUCCCACCCCGGUCCCCUGUCCCUUGUCACCGCACGGAGCUGCUCCUAAGGCACUGACCCGUAUCCCCACAGCCGCGCUGCUCGGUGCCGUCGGUGGGCUUAGCGGUGCCGCGCUGCCCUGCCUGCAUGCCCAUGGGGCCGGCUGCGGGGCUGCCCUGGUUCUGCUGCUGCUGGGAAUCUUGGUGGCCGCUCUGCUCGUCUGGAGGCAGCCCCAGAGCCGGGAGAGAGCAUCCUUCAUGGUUCCCUGCCUGCCCUUCCUGCCACUGCUCAGCAUCACCGCCAACAGUUGCCUGAUGGCACAGCUCGGUGCGGCCGCAUGGCUGCGGUACCUGCUCUGGAUGGCCCUUGGCUUCCUCAUUUACUUUGGCUAUGGGAUCUGGCACAGUGCUGAGAACCACCAGCCCCGGGAGCUGCAGGAAGACAGGGCUGGGAAUGCAGCACCCAUGUGCCUGGGGAGGGCUGGAGGGGAUGGCCUGGUCCCCACCGCCUGGAUUCAUCCACCCUGUGCACAGGCAGCUGCUGUCCCUGAGCAGCCCCAACCCCCAGGGCAAACCCCUGCUAAAGGAUUUUUGUUCAGAGAGGAUAAAGCAGUCGAGCUUUUUUGCUGGUUUUGUUAUUUUUCUGCCACCCCACCGGUCCUCAAAAACACUGACGCUGGGUUCUCGAGGCUGCUGCUUCUCAUAGUCUUGUCAUUGUUACAGCCAGUAGCACGUUGGCCUGGUGCACAACUCAUACACACACACAAACACACGCACAGACACCCACACCCCGACUACACAGCCCCAAGGAGGGGACAGACUGAUGACAGCCUCUGGAGUGGUGACUGUUCCACGGCACUCAUGUGUGCCCAGGGGAAAGUGCUGUGUGCAUCCAGCCCAUACCUGUGUCCAUCUGUGUGCAGUGGCCCCAUGGCCCUGUUGAUGACCCCUGGCUUGGAGCAGGGGGAUGUGACCUGCUGGCAUCCUGUGGAAGGAUGCUCUGCUCCCAGAUGUGCAUCUCUACCCAGCAUGGGGAGAGAAGAUGGGGCUGGUGGUGCUGGCUGA